AAUCUUGCAACAUGACGACUGUUAUACGUGAAUUGAAAGCGGAUGAUAAAGAUGAAUUCUGUCGGUUUCUGGGCGAAAACUUCUACGGCCAUGAGCCUCUUUUGCAGACACCUGGAGAUCAUCAAAGGAGCCCCGAUACGCCGGAAAAGAGGGAGGCUCGUCUGGCGAUCAUACAACAAGGUCUCUCUUUGGCUGCUGUCGACCACAACGAUGGAGAUCGCAUUGUGGGCGUAGCAUAUGCCGAAAUAUUGCUACCCGGCGAUUUAGAGGAGAGUUGGAUGAAAGUCGCUGAGAAGAAACCAACGGCUUUUAUUCAGCACGUUCAUUAUUUUAUAACCGGCGUAGAGAAACGCUCCCAAUUGUUUGAGCACUACAAAGUUAAAAAGGCUCUCUACUUAAAUAAUCUAACUGUGGAUUCUUCAGUACGUUGUCAGGGACUAGGUCGACGUCUAGUAACCGCCUUGAUGGAUAUGGGUCGCUCCAAGGGAUUUCCCCUGCUGGCGACCUGCUGUACAAGUCUCUACUCGACACGCGUCAUGUUAUCCCUUGGAAUGAGCUAUGUCCACUCGGAGAACUAUGUGGACUACAAGGAUGAGGAUGGCAAUAUGGUCAUAAGACCCCCUGCACCACACACUGCGGUUAAUGUCAUGGCAAUUAAAUUCCCCUUGCUUUAGAUGCAAACUCUCUGGGAAAAAGAUAGAGCACAGCGGCCUGGGCUGGGUUAUUGAACUGCCUGGAUGGAUCUCUGGAUGAAACACUAAAAAGUUCUACCUUAUC